AUGAGUAACCUUGUUUGGAACUACCGAGAGCUUGGGAACCCUUGGUUAGUUAGAAUCCUUAGUAAACUAACUAAGGAAAAGUGCCCCUUCCUAGUUUUUCUAGUGGAGACUAAAGCUAGGAAACAAAAACUAGAGAAUGUUAGGAGAGCUCUGAAGUUUGAUGGAUGCUUUGCAAUCGAUAGUAUGGGAUCUAGUGGUGGGAUUGCCCUAUUGUGGAAGGUGGAUUGGAAUGUUAGGAUUAUCAGCUAUACUCGUUGUCAUAUCAGUGCAUCAGUUAAGGAGGGGGUUAAUGGACAUAAAUGGCAGUUCACAGGGUUUUAUGGACACCCAAAAACAGCAAAAAGAAAGACCAGCUGGCAGUUACUAGAAAUGUUAAAACCCCCAUCACCCAUGGCAUGGAUGUGUGCAGGAGACUUUAAUGAAAUCCUACACCAAGAGGAAAACAAGGGGCUGCCAGUAGACCCUACAAACAAAUUGAGGACUUCAGGAAGAUACGAGGCUGCUUGGGACCUUAAAGAAGAAUGCAAGAAAAUAGUGGAAUAUUCAUGGAAGGGAACUAGCAUGGGAGUGGAAGGAGCCAAAACAAUGAGACAGAGACUGAUUGAUUGCCAAAGGAGUCUUUCACAAUGGAAUCAUAAAGAAAAAAUGAUUAAACAUAAAGAUAUCAACCAUUCAAUGAGGAGGAUCAGGCACCUUCAAGAGACAGGCAUAGGGAACCAUUUAACAGAAAUGCAAAGCCUGCAAAAGGAGGUAGAACUCUCAAUGGCUACAGAGGAGAUUAAAUGGCGCCAAAGAGCAAAGCAGCAUUGGAUGAAAGUGGGGGACAGAAAUACAACCUGGUUUCACCUGCAAGCUAGUCAUAGAAGGAAAACAAAUACUAUCAACAAUUUAGAGGAUCCACAAGGAAGGGUGCUGACAAAACAGGAAGACAUUGGUGAUGUUUUUACAGGUUACUUCUCAUCUCUUUUCACUACCUCUUCCCCCUCUAAUUUUGAAGAUUGUCUAAAUGCAUUGGAUUCUAAACUGACCAUUGAGAUGAAAACUUAG